CAUUUUCCAUAUCCAAACUAUCGUCAAUUACUUUCAAUCUGCUCUCUGCAACAUCUCAUCAUCUGCUGAAUUUAUUUUCAUUGUUCAUGCUCUCUUAUUGACUAAUUUCAUUUUACAUUUUACAUUUUACAAGUUCUCUCUGCUACUUCUAAUAAUAUCUGUCUCCGUUGAGUAUUGAUCAUUUUAGCUGUUAUACUCUUGUAAAUUAUCUGCAUUUGAAUCUAGAAAGCAAUGGCGGAAUCCAAAGACUCACACAUUGUGGAAAUCCCAGUGGACUCGGAGCAUGAGCAGAAGAAACUCCUCCCUUCUAUUUCUAACAUUGUCGAAGCGAUCGAAGACCAUCCACUUACCGAGAUCUCUGAAAGCCCAGGCCACCUCUUGCUUCUGAAACUCUGGCAGAGAGAAGAGGAGAUCUUCGGGCGCAGAAUCGCUCACAAAGAACUCCGAAUGGACUCCAUCAAGCGCGAUCUCUUCCAACUCUCAUCCUUCUUCUUCAUCUUCCACUUCCUCUUCUUCACAUUGCUAUUCUCAUCCUCCGUCAAUACCUCGGACGACGGAUCGCGUGGGAAAUGGUGGAUUCCGUCGGUGAUAUCCGCGGCGACGUCGGCGGUGUUUGUAGUUCUGGUUCAGGUGAAGGUGAACGCGUACUGGAGAGUGUGGAGGGAGGUGAAGAGAGAGAGGGAAGGGAGUCGAGGAGUGACGAGGUGCGUUCAGGAGCUGAGGAUGAAGGGCGCGAGCUUCGACCUGUCGAAGGAGCCGAAUCAGAGUGGCGGGAAAAAGAUGAAGAGCUCGAGUGUGGAGAUCAACUGGAAGCCAUGGAGUUGGUGUUGUAAGAAUUUGCUAACUAUUUGUAUUGUUUGCUUUUCAGGCCUCGCCGUCCCUGCUUCCAAGUUCGUCCUCUGUGGCCUCUGAUUCUGCUCCCGGAACCUUUCUAUGCUCAACACUGAACAAUGGGAUGAAGCAUUUUGGGUCCGAUUAAGCAAAAUUUACCCAUUUGGGAGUCGCUGCAACGAGCGAAGAAGAUAUGAUGGAAGGCUUUUUCAGAUUUGGGUGCAUUAAUGGACGCAUCAAAUAUUGAAGAAGACGGCUGAAUCAUAUGAUUCUGACUUUCUGAGAGGCAAGCAUCAAGUAUUGAAGGAUAUGGCCGAAGGAAAUGUGAGAAGAAAGACAUUUCUCUCUUCUUGGCCUGAAUGUGAAAACAGAGAUCACUAUCACUAAUUUUAAUAAUUUCUGAGGUUAUAAGCUUCGCAGAAAACAGUGAAUUGUGAAUCCGUGGCUGAAGCUAAGUUCCGGAUUGCUAAAAUGAUGAAGGCAUGCCACACUUCUUGUGUGCUGGGUCUUUUAGAGGCAAAAUUGUAGCUCACUAUGGAAUAUUAUGAAACAGAAGCUAAGGAUUACUCUAAUUAUCUUGGCUAUUAAAUUUUUCA